GGUAAAAUGUUAUGGUGAAAUGUAGCAAUCAGCUCCAAAACUAUAAACAAGGAAGGUUUGUUACAAGUUGGUCCACCAUGAUCCUAAAAUGGCGAGCAUAUUGCAGAGGAGAUUGCCCCAGGAAGAAACACGGAUUUUUCGUGAACGAUACCUUUCAUUCCUCCUUAACAAAUUACAGACAAAAAUCAAAAAUAAAACCAAACCAAAAGUACGUGUUUUGUCUCCAUGGCUCUCAUCACUCGAACCGGAACCACGUGCCGCCUCCCUCAGCGGCUAGCUUCAGCGUCUCUCCUCCACAGCAGUUCCUCCGGAACGGUGGCUCCGACGAGUUAUUGUGCGCCGGCUCCGCCGGCGAAGUCCUCCCCCGUGGGGUUGUCGAAGCCGGCGGAGUUCGUAAUCUCGAAGGUCGACGCGCUCAUGAACUGGGCCCGCGUGGGGUCCAUCUGGCCCAUGACGUUUGGGCUGGCCUGCUGCGCGGUGGAGAUGAUGCACACGGGCGCGGCCCGUUACGAUCUGGACCGGUUCGGAAUCAUCUUCAGGCCCAGCCCGCGCCAGUCCGAUUGCAUGAUCGUUGCUGGCACCCUCACCAACAAGAUGGCCCCAGCUCUUCGCAAGGUUUAUGAUCAAAUGCCAGAACCAAGGUGGGUGAUAUCAAUGGGAAGCUGUGCCAAUGGAGGAGGAUAUUACCACUAUUCAUACUCAGUUGUGAGAGGAUGUGACAGGAUUGUUCCUGUUGACAUAUAUAUCCCAGGUUGUCCUCCAACUGCAGAGGCUUUACUCUAUGGUCUCCUCCAGCUCCAGAAGAAGAUCAAUAGGCGCAAGGACUUCCUCUGGUGGUGGACAAAGUGAAGCAGAACUAUUGCUUCUUCCAUACCUUUUCUACAUCAUAUCUUAUAGCAAUAAUAAUCACCAUUUCCUUUUCUUUCAAUGCAUUUUUGGUUUGGAUCCGAAGCUGAACUUACUUAGACUAGUUUUUAUUCCUAAUACCUUAGCUUCCAACCACAAUCCGAACAUGUAUUAGAAAGCUUCUGGAUUUCAAAUGUUUCUGUGUUGAUAUAUAAAUCAUAAAUCUCUGUGAAUAAAUGACCGCCACCUGGCAUGUCUUGUGUAAUGGAAAUUUUCUAUGU